UAUCAUACAAGAAGCUUGAUAGUCCUGCGCCAUUAUCUGUAGCUGUAAAUGAAACAGGAAUGAGAUGGUUAGGAAUUAUUGUGGAUCUCGGUGCAGUAUGUGGUCUGAUAUCUGUCAUUCUCGUUUCAUUAAUGGGACAACCACGAAUUUUCUUGGCGAUGGCAAAUGAUGGGUUAUUUUUACCUGGAAUUGCUUCAAAAAUUCAUCCUCGAUUUGGUACGCCAUACAUAAUAACUAUAAUUGGUGGUGCAAUUUGCGCUAUAACAGCUGCGCUGUUCCCAAUAGAGAUACUCGCUGAAUUAACAUCAGUUGGUACGCUGCUAGCUUUUUUCUUAGUUAACAUAGGGGUAAUGAUAUUAAGGCUUAAGGCCCCAAAUGCACGUAGAAACUUCAAAGUACCGGGUGGUCCAUUUUUAAUCCCGCUGAUAGGUGCUGCAUUAACUCUAUUAAUAUUGGCAACGGCAUCACCUGCAAGUAUUAGUAGAUUGUUUAUUUGGAUGGCAAUAGGAUUGGUAGUAUAUGUAUUUUACGGAAGGAAACACUCUAAAGCUAAUAAUCAACCGUUGAUAGAUAAAGAGCAAGGCAUGGAGAUGAUGCCUACAAACGAGUCCAGAGAGCAAAGUGAAGACGCAGAGACAAGUCGUACUAAAAUCACAAAAAACGUUUAA